GUGCUUGAAAAUAAGUAUAAUUGCAGACUUAUUUGUGGACUUUUAUUUUAUUUUUCUUGAAAAAAUUAAUAAUUCAAAAACCGUAGCACUUCAUUUAAGGACAUUUUCCAAGUUUCUUGAAACUUUUUAUAUUUAAUAUAUUGCUGCCCGCAAUUACGACCACGGCGCCAUCCUGAUAAUUUCAAAAAAUACUCAUAUUAAAACCAGAAAAAGAUUUAAUGAGAUGCUCGGAAAAUAAAUAAGUCAAGUGGCUUCUCUGCAAUUAUAAUCAACAGUUUUUUUCGUGCAUUUCCGUUUCCCGCAGCUUUAUGUGAUUUAAAAGCGGAGUGGAUUCAAACUCUUAUUGUUGUAUUCAACUGAAAAAAAACCAGCUGGAGCACAAAAAUUGAAGCAUGCCCAUCAAUUAUUUGAUUUAAUCACCAUAAACGAAAGAUUGAAAAGUUAAAGUAAAAUGAAACCCAUGGAAUGCCCGCAAUUGGUCAACCUGUGAGAACUACGAAUUCCGUGAGCUUCAAGGAUGGCGGCGUCCAGUUCAAUUAUGGAAACCGUCGCCAUUUUGGCCCUGCUGCUUGGCCUUUUUAUUCGAAGUGGCUACUGCAUAGACUGUUUUAAAUGCGUCUCCUUCAAUGGGGCCAAUAAAGCCUGCGACGAUCCGUUCCACAACAAUUACUCAACGGCCAUUCUGGAGUCACCCUGCAUGGGCGGAAGGAAGGGGCGUGAUGGCUUAUUUCCGGCCACUGCCUGCAUAAAGAUCGCUGGCUACUAUGAUGAAACCGGGGAGACGAUAACGGUAAGGGGCUGCGCCCUGGACAGCGGCACCCUGACCACCGACACCGAGAUUAUAAGAAUGUCGCACUGCGGAAAGUUCUACUACGAUGACAAGUACGUGCACGGCUGUCUGCAGAGCUGCAGUGAUGCGGAUGCCUGCAACUCGGCCAGGAGGCAGGGUGCAAGCCCCGCGGAUAUGGAGACACUGAUGAGGCACCUGCUCAGCCUGGUGGUAUUCCUAAUGGCUGCCACCAGGUAGCAUCAUCGAUAUCUGUAACUGAAGUAUCCGGAGCAGGAGAAACUGGCGGAAGUAACGCGGGAAACGAAGUGAGGCAGCUGGGAUAGCAUUUAAUUCGACUUGGCUGCGCGUGGAAAUCCUUUUCUUUACCUUCGAAUCUCUCUGUGUCUAGGAUCGCACCCAAAUGUAAAACGCACUCGAGCAUCUGCAGCAAGGACACGCUCAACAACACACACUCUCUCACACCCAAAAAACAUUAUGGAAUUCAUCAAGCAAUUAUGUGAUUUAUAAGCGAAUACUUAACAACUAUCAAACAAUAAUUGAUGAACACGAAUGGAAACUAUUUAGAUGCUAAGCAUUCGAGUGGCGAAAAUCAAAGGAAACACUGCAAAACUAAAUUCAAACUCUAAUUGCAAUUAUUUUUAGCUCCUAAGAAGGCAAAACUAGACUUUAAAUGCUGUCGCUGCUAAAUUAUUAAGGAAGAAUAUAGUUAAUGGAAGGCA